AUGUUGAUGGUAGAGGUGUGCACGGAGGCACGAUUUGAUGGUGCUAGGUUUGGAGGGGGCGACGCGUGCACCCUUAAGGGCACCACCUGUGCCGCUGUGCCGAGACUGGAAGGCGUAAUUCCAGAAAGCACAUGCAUCGCUGUGGAGGGUGAUACUAAAACAGUGACAGCCGACGACAACAAUGUUCGCGUGUGGUCAAAAGCACUUUUCGGCUCGUCCCGAAUCGCCACGCGCGUUCGCCUCCACUUCAAACGGAUUGACAGUUCGAGUGACGAAUCUGCUGUCCAAUCACCAAAAUCAUUCCGGACUGUUCUAAUUGGCCAUUACGGCUGGUUCCUCGGGGUCAGUGGUGCGAGUUUCUUCUACCGCAGUUUCGAAAUUUCAAAAUUGAAAUUUACCGGGCAGUCCUCAUUUGGCCCACCUUUCAAACCUCGGAAGAGGAUGAAACCACCUUCUCCAACAUCUCCCACCGGCCACUUCCUCGUCAUGAUCGCCUGCAGUGGCUUCUGCUGA